AGCGCCUAGAUUUACAUCCGGGUCCUUAGGCUUCACGCUCCUCUCGCCGGCUGCUGUUUCUCCGGGCUGACUGGCUGUUGGUUGUUCCCGCUGUUCCAGCGUCGGAAGAGCCGGUGGGUCCGCGGGUUUGAACUUCUUGUUCUGGAAGCUGUGCAUCACCAUAAUGAGGCUUGUAAUUCUUGAUAACUAUGACUUGGCUAGUGAAUGGGCAGCCAAAUACAUCUGUAAUCGCAUCAUUCAAUUCAGACCUGGACAGGACAGAUAUUUUACACUGGGUUUGCCAACAGGGAGUACACCUUUAGGAUGUUAUAAAAAACUAAUAGAAUAUCACAAGAAUGGAGACCUUUCUUUUAAAUAUGUGAAGACCUUUAACAUGGAUGAGUAUGUAGGACUUCCCAGAAAUCAUCCUGAAAGCUACCAUUCUUAUAUGUGGAAUAACUUUUUUAAGCAUAUUGAUAUAGACCCUAAUAAUGCUCAUAUCCUUGAUGGGAAUGCUACAGAUUUACAAGCAGAAUGUGAUGCAUUUGAAAAGAAAAUAAAAGAAGCUGGAGGAAUUGAUCUUUUUGUUGGAGGAAUUGGUCCAGAUGGUCAUAUUGCUUUCAAUGAGCCAGGAUCCAGUUUAGUAUCAAGGACAAGAGUAAAGACUCUAGCAAUGGACACCAUUUUGGCAAAUGCUAAAUAUUUUGAUGGAGAUUUAUCAAAAGUGCCAACUAUGGCUCUAACAGUUGGUGUGGGGACAGUGAUGGAUGCUAGAGAAGUAAUGAUCCUCAUAACAGGUGCACACAAGGCAUUUGCUCUCUACAAAGCAAUAGAAGAAGGAGUCAAUCACAUGUGGACUGUUUCAGCUUUCCAGCAACAUCCCCGAACUAUUUUUGUAUGUGAUGAAGAUGCUACUUUAGAAUUAAGAGUUAAAACUGUGAAAUACUUUAAAGGCCCUACUCCAAUAGCUCCAAUAGCUUGAUAGAGGUUGAAUGAAUUCAGAUUGAACCCAACUAUAAAAUCUAUUAUAUUUAAUUUUCUUCUUCAAGCAACAUCAGAAGUCUAUGCAUUUUUAUCAAUACUCAUUAGAAUUUACUUCUGUUUAUGAUUUAAGUAGCAAUUAUUUAUUUUUAUCACAUUCUUGUGUAGAACGUUGUCAGUUUUUACCUUUAGUCAUAGUAAACUCUUAUUAUUCAGAAAGCAAGUACUAAAAUUUCCAAAAUUAUUUUUAGUUUGGAACUAGCUUUAUGUUAUGUACAAGUUACAGCCAGUGUUUAGUUUUAAAAAAACUUUACAAAGGAGUUGGAUUUUUAAUGUUUAUCCUGAUGUUUUAAGUUGCGUGUUUUUAAGCUCUGAUGUAUUCUUCUUUCCAUGAUCAAAGCUUUAAGCGAAUGAUAGAUGAAUUAUAUCAAGUAGAAUGAUCCUCAAAGAGCUGAUACUCUGGAAGAGGUACAUCUUCUAAACCACAUGGCUGAGAUUACCAGUGUCUUUGUUGUCCCCUCUCUUGGGUCUCUCCAAUCUCCAUUUUGCUGCUUUUUACAUACUGGUUGUUAAACUUUUCAGUUAAAUAUUGUUUUAAAUAAGAUUGGUUCUAUUUAGAGAUAAUUAUCUGGUAAAUAUUUUUCAUUAGCAGAUACCUUUUACAGUAUAAAAAAAUUACCCUUUAAUGUUUAUUUUUGGUAAAUGUAAACUAUAUUUUCCAGUUAGUGUCAUCAGCCAAGAAACAUGGGUUACAGUGCCUUCAAGUACAUUGUCUCAUGUGUUAUACCCGAAAGAAGUACAAGUAUCCCUGCCUGAAAGUAGUUGGCAUUCUUCAUAAAACUGGCUCAUUAAGUGAUUCGAGAAAAUAAAAUGUAGUUCCAUGAAGGUAGGGACUUUAGUUUUGGUUCAUUGCAAUAGUUCAGCAUCUCAAAGGGUACCUACCUACUAGUACACUGGAGACACUCGGUAAAUUCUAGGUAGUUGGGCAGGUAGAUGGAUGACACAUGACAUUGAUACCAUUUCAGUUUAAGUGCUAAAUUAUGUAAAUCACUGUGAAGUCCAAGGGAUGUUAAGGGAGAGAUUUUUAUAGUUAGAUAGUAGUUGAUGAAAACUUGAAUUGAGCUGAUGGGACUGAGAGCUGUAGAAGAUGGUAACAUUUAGAUUUGAAGAAAAUGCCAUAAUCAACAGCACAGGUGUAAGGAUGAGCUAGCACAGUAGCAGAAAAAGUUCCUCUUAAUAGAGAACAAAGUAUACCGAUAAAAUGGGGCUAGCUUAUACUUUAAAAACAAAAUUAAGAGUGAAAAGGCAAAUGAGGGCUUGCAUAUCAGUGGCCUUUCAAAAGGGUAUUGGGGGGGAGGGGUUAUUAGCCCUGAGAAAAAUAUUCUUAUGUAUUAACAUUUUUUGAGCAAAGAACAAAUGCCAAUAAAUCAGUGUGCUUCAAAUCCAGCCUCGGAGAUAUUCUGCAUAAAACAGUCCAAUGAAUGAAGUAUUUGUUGGUUUGUCCACAUACUCACGGAUUUUUAUCACAGGCUUUUUGUUCGCACUGGUAAGCAUGGAAGGGAGGGUUAUAUAACUUUAUGGAACUGUCACUAUAGAAACAUUCAAGUAUCAGAGAUUACAUUAUCUCAGACAUAUAAACCAAACAUCAUUAUAAGACUUUUAUGCACUAUGUUGAGUACGUUGUUUUCUUUUUUGAAUUUUUGAGCUGAGGUUACUCCAUUUUAUAAAUAAGGCCAGAUGGAUAAAUGGCUGCCAUAUACCUGAGGUGGAGGCAGAACCGAUCAAGUGCCUUUAUGCUUAGUUUGGUACUUUUUAUCCAUAAUUCUUUCAUUUCCUGGGUUAGCUGUGCUCCUUGUUUUGCUUUUUUCAAACUCUUCCCAUUACUUAUUUUAACCUUUUGACCCUUCUGUCCCUCCAGCUGCAUGGAAGGCUUAACUUCAGUCCCUCCACAGUCCUACCUCCAAGAUUUUAAAUUUAUCCUAAUCGUUAAGCAUCCUUUCCUUUCAUGUCUAGCCAUUCUGCCAGUGCCCUUGAUACUUUUCUGUCUUCAGGACCUUGAACUACAGAAUCUUGGUCUCUGCUCCCUCCUUUUCUCCUGCCUCCUUUUUAACAAUAUAUGUUCUAGAUUCAUUUUAAGUUAAAAAAAAAGCUUCCAGAGACCAUCUCACUGAAUCUUCACAGAUUUUUUUAAAGUACAUGUUUCUUGAGCUUCCACCAUGUAUCAUGACCUUAUAAACCCAGGACUUAGAGCAGUAAAUUUAAGGUCCUGGACCUCAGUUUCUAGUUGGAGACAUGGUAGGAAAAACAUUUUCUAAGAGUGAAAAUUGCUCUAAAGAAAGUGAAAUAGUAAUUCAUUAUAAGGUGACAUUUGGGCUGAGACCCAAAAAGCCAAAAGGAGAUAAUCAUGCUUUGCUCAGGGAGAAGAGCAUUCCAGGCUGAAUGAGAGAGCAAAUAUAAGGACCCUGUACUAUAUAACCAAGCUUAGCCUUUCUGAGGUAAUAGCAACAAAGCCAGGGUUGAGUGUAACACAGAAGGGGGAGAGUGGGGAGGACAUGAGAUCAGAAGGAUAAACAAAGACAACAGAAUAAAAUCUAAAUUAUAUUCUAAGUGACCAGAGCAAUUGGAGAAUUUUAAGUAGGGAAAUGGUAUAAUCUAGCUUCUGUUUUUAGAAAAAUUGGACAAUGGGAAGUGAUGAAAGUAGGGUGCUGAGUUGGUAAUCAGAAAGUAGUGCCCACCAGUCCUGCUGCUGAAUUUAAAAAGAGGAAAAAAUCAACAGUGAACUUCAGUUGUCUGGCUUUAGCAGCUCAUCAAAGGGUAACACGAUAUACCAGUAUUUUUAAAGAAAUGGUUUAGAAGGGGAAAAUGGGUCUGGAUGUUGUUAACAAGUUUGAGGUGCUGAUUAGACACUGAAGUGAGCUGUUGAGUUAAUUAGCAUUCUCUCUUUCAAUUUCAUGAGUGACUAUUUCUCUGUCCUCCUUUUAAGACUGUUCCACUCCUGGUUUUUCUCCUACUACAUGUAUACUUUAGUGUUCUUUGCAUGUCCCUUUGCUUAUCUCUUAAAAGUGGGCCUUCACAGUUUGGAUUUUAGAGUGCUUUUGCAGCCUUUCUGACAAAGAACACCUUCUUACUAACAAGUACCCUGUCUCCUCGAUCCAGUAAUCCCAUUUCCUAAGAAAACCACAUUAUUGAGUCCCUUUUCCCAACCUCCAUGUUCUUAACAACCUGGUAAAUUUAACUGAUUUCUUUAACCUCCAAAAUAUAAAAUCUUUAGUUCAUUAAUUGGGACAAUUUAUUUCCCCAAAGAAAUACGAUACAUGUGCGUUAAGACAUGAGUAACUGGAAUAUAUUUCCCAAGAAGCUUUAAUAAAAUUAAGGACAGUUUACAAGCAUACCAAUUAUAAGAUGAAACUUAAAUUUACUUGGAAAUUGAUAUUUAGGUUAUCAUUGUUUUAGUAAACCUCUCUGUGUGGCUUGUAAUCAACCCCUAUUGUAAAUACACAUGUCAAAAUAGUAGAAAAUAAUUUGCCAGAUGAAUGGAUAGGGUAAUGUAUUAGAGAACUAAUGUAACAACAGUUCUGAGCCCCUUGUUGGAGUCUGUUAGAUUAACUGGCAGAGGGUCAAACUCAAUCAGACUUUUAGAUGUAAUUAGUAUUCAAAUUUGUUAUUUUGUCAUACUGAAGGAAGUUCUUUCUAAAGACAAGAACUGCCCCUACUUCUGGUUACUCACAAAGAACCUGUACCCAUUCCAGAUCCAUGGUUUCAUAAAUAACUAAAUUGAUAUUUGCUAGGUAGUUAAAACUAAACAUUCUGAAACAUUUCUAUUUGCAUUUUUCCAAUAAAUUUAACUAUUUUGUAUUAGAUGGGAGCCAGUAUACUUGUAUUUUAAUAUUACAUCUUUUGUUUUCUAAAUGAGAUAUAGUUCAAAAUCAGAAAUACAACUAGAACUGUGCUUUUUUUC